CGAUAAUGCGCGCAGGUGCAGGGACCCUAAUCGCCACAUUUCCAGCUGCUACACUGAACAUUUAACCUCCUCUUAUGGACUAAUAUGAAAGAAGUGGAUGUAGAGGUCUGACACAGCCAAGAAAGAAGGCAUAUUUCUUGUGGAUCAUUCUUGUUUUCCAUCACCGAGCGUCAGCAUGGAUGUCUUGGCAAACCACAGUAUCUUUCAGGAACUCCAGCUCGUUCACGACACCGGCUACUUCUCUGCCAUGCCUUCGCUGGAGGAAAACUGGCAGCAGACCUGCCUAGAAUUGGAGCGUUAUCUGCAGACAGAGCCCAAGCGUCUGUCAGAGCUCUUUGACCAAGACCUGGACGGUCUCCUAACUCCGGCCUACAUGAAGGAGGAUGGCGAGGAGGAGCUGACAGACGCCAUUCUCCCCAGCCUGCCCAGCCUGCCUGAGCCCCCAAGCCCACCUCCCGUGAUCAUCUGCCCAGCACGAAAGAACUUUCCCUCCACCGUUGCAAUGAAAAGAGACCUCAAAACCAAGGGGCUUGAAAAUGUUGAAGGGAUGGAAGGGGUCCACCAAGCACAGCUGAGUGCCGUCACCUCCCUGACGCCCCCAUCGUCGCCAGAACUGGGCCGGCACCUUGUCAAACCCAACCAGACACUGACAGCCUCAGCUGAUGGGACGCUUACCCUGAAGCUGAUGGCCAGGAAGGUAGGGCUCAGCGCGGCCCGGCUGGUGGCCGCGCACGCAUUCCCCGUCCGGAUGAAGGACGAAGAGGAGGGGGCUGCAUGUGUGAUCGGUGUGGGGGAGCAACCAGAGAACAAGAAAAGGAUCCACCGUUGUCAAUUCAACGGCUGCAGGAAGGUGUACACCAAGAGCUCCCACCUUAAGGCCCAUCAGAGGACACAUACAGGUGAGAAGCCGUAUAAGUGCUCGUGGGAGGGCUGCGAGUGGCGAUUUGCCCGGAGCGACGAGCUGACGAGGCACUACCGCAAACACACUGGCGCCAAGCCUUUUAAGUGCAACCACUGUGACAGGUGUUUCUCACGGUCGGAUCACUUGGCGCUACACAUGAAGAGGCACAUCUGAGGGGAUAUGAGAGAGGUCAGCAGGAGUGGAAGCGAGGGGAAGGGGAUGGAGGCGCAGUGGAAGAAGGAGAGGGAGCAUCAUCUGCAGAAAAAUAACACCAUGGAUGUUAGAGAGAGACAGCAGGAUGGACUCAAUAAACACCAGAUUUGGCCAUUCUGGACUAGAGGGAGAGGCACCACACAGGGGCGCUGACUACAGACAGAAACAAAGGCAGGCUGACAGACAGAUCUUAAGUGGCUUGUCUGUGCUCAACCAGUGUGUCCAUGAUUCCAUAGUGACAUGUCGUCACCUCACAAAUGUUUCCUGGUGUUGUCGCGUGGACGACACAGACGCUCCAUCCCACCGUUCGUAUGUGUCUCAAUUGGAUGUCACACGCUGAAUGCUGGACCACGUGCCUGUAGUUGGCAGCUCUUUGUUGCAGUCGCCCUUGCAGUCUUCUUCUGCAAUCGUCCCUUGGUGGAACGCUUCCAAAAUGUCAGCCGUGUUCAUGCAGCAGUGCUCCAUGUACCAGCGAGCUCACCAACGCCGGACUGGACCAGUUGUACAGUAAUUUUAGCUGCCAGCAGAACUCCUGCUGUUUGUAUAUUCAAGAUUUUCUCUUGUUAGAACGUCCCUUGAGCUGAGGAGAACAGUUAAUUUCCAACAGUAGCUAAAGAGCAUCAUCUCACAGGGUAAGCUGGCUUUCUCUCCCUCAAACUUGCUACAGCCUUUACAAUUCGCCAAAGGGUUUAUUAUCUUAUAUAGGACAGACAAUAAUUUGACCAAUUUUCAUCUGACCUCUGUCACACCUUCCAACUGGAUCCAUUUAUAAAUCCUUCUGGUUCAAUGGCAUCGGAGCACUUGUUUGAACGGAGCAUUAGAUUGGAUUUCCCGAAGAUUUGAAGAUGCGAGUGUGUUGCACUGACGUGCUGUGAAGACUGAUUGAGGUCACUCAGAGGACUGGCUUGCUUUAUGAACACCAUCCAUUGACGGUUACCACUGGAUGAGGCUAACUAAUCUACUCUGGGAACUCUGUUCAUCUCCUAGAAUGUCAGCUGAACCCGACCGUCUCAAGAGAUGCUAGAUGGCUCCUAAGAGUGUUGUUUCCUUUCCGGGAUCUUGGCUCUUACGAGUUUUCGUCAAGAACUGUUGCACAAUUGACUCUUUGCAAACUUUUUGUUAAAAAAAAUGCCUCACCGUCCUGAACUGAGAUAGACAAUACGGGACUCACCAAACGCCGGCUUUCACAUGCCGUCAAAGUGUGGACAGCCACAUGCACAAGUCGAAGCAGCUAGCUGACUGUGAGCACACCAAACGCAAACAAGAUCACUAUGUAUGAUAAAGGCUAUAUUGUUUCUAAGAAAAUAUUCUCCUAUUUGUUCAAAACAGACAAUUGAAAAGACCAUUUGAAGAACACAUUGGAAAUGGAUGCAGCCAAAAAAAAGUGUCUACUAGAUGCCUGAAAUGAUCUCUUUGGCCUUUGAGAGUGAUUGGCAUUGAACUAGGCACUGGGUUGAGGAGGGUUUUUGUCCUGUUCACACCGCCCAUGCAGAACUCUUCCAGUUUAGCAGCUCUCAGACUUCAUUUCAGAGAAAAGCAGAAUUAAACAGCUCUCCUUAUCGGCCCCUAUGCAUAUCCAAGAACAUUCCUGCGGACUUCCUGACCUUACACGUAUGUCUAAAUGCGGAUUUCUGCCCUGCUGGACACGGAGGGACUUGUAGGAAGACACAUGACACAAAUUCAAUCAAUUGGGUGGCUCUUCUCAGAGCAAAUCAAUGUGAAUGUAUCAGUUGUAAGUCUGUACACUUUGCUGGGCCCAUGAAAACACUUUAGUGUGGUUGGUAAGGUAGGUUCUCUAUUUCACGUUAGAAACAAAUGGUUGGACUUGGCAGGUAGCUUUUGACAUUUUACUGGUCGUACUGGACCAGCGGGAGGUCAAGAGAUUUCCAGUGGGUGGCUGAGAUGGGUUAGGGGAGGAAAAGAUCUGCUCAGUCAGCAAUGAUAACUGCCCCAUCAGCUCAUGAAACUGCAGUGGAGUGAAACCCCCACGCACACACACAAGACAGACUUAUGUACUCCUAGAAAACUGGAAUUUACAUUUGUCCUUGGUGAUCUGACACUUGUCCAGUAGAACAAAGACACAUACAAUCUAGUUGUCGCUCUUUGCCGCAUUACACUUAAGGGUCAUGUCUUUAAUUCACAAAUAGAAAUUAAUUUUGGGUGAACAUCGACUCAACUCAAGCGCAUACAAAUCAAACAGGCAGCUUGGACAAACGUAGAUUAUCAGGAUUCUUAAGAACUCGAUUGGGAACAGCUAUGUCAAGGUGUUUAUUCUUUAGUUUACAAGAUUUUUAAUACUUUGAGGCAAAGUGAAGCACACAGCAGUCUGCUUUUUGGCAGGGGAGAAAGUAAAUUGAUUUCACUCUGUAUACCAGAGGCGCAUUUCAAUUUUGGAUAUGAAUGCAGCCCAGCUCAAUCACAUCUAGACAUGAUCUGUCUGCGGCUCUGGAAGCAGAAGCUGUAUCAACCUCCUGUCUUGCAUAAAUAUUGAACUCUUUCUGUCUAAGCGUGCAAACAAGCCAGAUUCCCCUUUAUAUUGAACAUCUAGGUGUUAGACCUUCACUUGCAAAGACAGGAGGGAGUGACCACAAUAGAAAACCAACUGAUACAAGUUUUAACUGCUGGUUUAUUUUCAAGGUGACUGGAAAUUCUUACAGGCCGUCCAGGUUGCAGCUACAGCCCUAUCAAUGCUACCAGUCAGUCUUUGUGUUUGUUGGGAUUAAUAAAAGUCAAAUAUACUGACAAACAUUUGACAUUUGGUCUUAAGAUCUAAAAUAUCCUGUUCAGAUGGAAAUGUCAGAGCAGGUUAGCAGGUUAGCAGGUUUGAGGUUUUCCUACUUAGCCCAAAUCUCCAUGUGGAAGAUAAAAUGAAGAAUAGCAGUUUAACCUGUGGGUUAAAAUUGUAUCAUCAAUGGCAGCUCUACUUGUGUGUUUCAGUAUUUCAGCGGGGGCACUCUCCCGUUUAACUGGAUGGUUGCGAAUGUGUGGGAAUGUGCAGCUCGGGGUUAGUGUUUGUAUGUUUUUGUUCAUGUUCUGUACCAAUCACAGACUGCUUGAGGAUUUUGGACUGAAACACCGAAUGUGUCGGGUUUUUUUUCAUGUUCACCGAGACUUGAGGAGGUAAUAAAUGGGGAUAUUCAAAUUACAGGACAGUUGAAAAGUUUUCUCCUCAUGUGUUUGCCGGGAGCUCUAACACUGGGAUUUCAAAUGUGAAUGUGUUUUCUGAAAAAGGUUGUUUCAUGUUGUCUCCGAGGACGCGGUUCAGUUCUGUGUCAUCUCAGUGAAUGAUUGCCAAUUUUGCUGUGCCUGUGUGUUCUUCGUCUGUUUGUAUUUGCACUCUGAAUUUUUGGGAAAAAUCACUUGCAUAUUUUCUGUCCUCUUGUACACAACACUUCCCACAACGACCCUGGGUGAUGAAACACGGAUCAGAAAGUCUGUAUAGUAGUUGUUUUAAGCACAAAUGUACACACUCGUGCGUACAUGCCCACGUGGAUUCACACGCAUUGCAGACACACAUCUACUCAAAACCACAUGCAUGUAGACACUCCCUAAACACGCAGAUUCAAACAUGCAUACAUGUGCCAGCACAUCCUGCUGCCACACAGUCAACCAUAAACACCACAAAUGCACGUACACUCACUCUCUCUCCAUCCUCCUAGUGUUUUUUUCACCGUUUUUCACACCUUCUGAGAAUCAGAGAUCCACACAGCAGCUCUAGCUCUCAGCGGAGGGGGGAAACACACAUUACUAUGUGUGACACCGCCUCUGUUUCCACCAGGUCUGAAUUUGAAAUCAAACGCACCCCCUUUUUCUACCAGCAUCCCCUCAUGGCACCCACCCUCCUCCACCCCCACCCACCCCGAACCUUCCAUUUUCUCAGAUGUGAUCCUUUUCAGCUCCUCUCCUCUGUCCGACUCGCCCAUUCCCCUCCACCUCCCCUCCCCUUCUCCACCUUUUUCCUCCGUUGUCUUUCUCCUUUUCUUUCGCUGUACAAAGUGUUUCAAAAUUAUCAUUUGUAUAUUAUGACGUAUGGGUACGAUAAUGUUCUUUAUUAUGGAAAAAUGAGAAAGAUUUAUUUUUGUUACUGGUUUGUUUCAUAAUUCCUUUUUUAAAUUGGUAUUGUAAUAUCUCUAUGCAAGGAAC